AUGCUGUCUCCCGCUACCAACUUCCACCCAGCACUAUGCUGUCUCCCACUCCCGCCUUCCACCAAGCACUAUGCUGUCUCCCGCUCCCGCCUUCCACCCAGAACUAUGCUGUCUCCCACUCCCGCCUUCCACCCAGCACUCUGCUGUCUCCCGCUACCAACUUCCACCAAGCACUAUGCUGUCUCCCACUCCCGCCUUCCACCCAGCACUAUGCUGCCUCCCGCUCCCGCCUUCCACCCAGCACUAUGCUGCCUCCCGCUCCCAUCUUCCACCAAGCACUAUGCUGUCUCCCGCUCCCGCCUUCCACCCAGAACUAUGCUGUCUCCCGCUCCCGCCUUCCACUCAGCACUAUUCUGCCUCCCGCUCCCGCCUUCCACCCAGCACUAUGCUGCCUCCCGCUCCCGCUUUCCACCCAGCACUAUUCUGCCUCCCGCUCCCGCCUUCCACCCAGCACUAUGCUGUCUCCCGCUCCCGCCCUCCACCCAGCACUAUGCUGCCUCCCGCUCCCGCCUUCCACCCAGCAUUAUGCUGUCUCCAGCUCCCGCCUUCCACCCAGCACUACGCUGCCUCCCACUCUCACCUUCCACCAAGCACUAUGUUGUCUCCCGCUCCCGCCUUCCACCCAGCACUAUGCUGCCUCCCACUCCCACCUUCCACCGAGCACUAUGUUGUCUUCCGAUCCCGACUUCCACCCAGCACUAUGCUGCCUCCCACUCUCACCUUCCACCGAGCACUAUGUUGUCUCCCGCUCCCGCCUUCCACCCAGCACUAUGCUGCCUCCCACUCCCACCUUCCACCGAGCACUAUGUUGUCUCCCGCUCCCGCCUUCCACCCAGCACUAUGCUGCCUCCCACUCUCACCUUCCACCGAGCACUAUGUUGUCUUCCGAUCCCGACUUCCACCCAGCACUAUGCUGCCUCCCACUCCCGCCUUCCACCCAGCACUAUGCUGUCUCCCGCUCCCGCCUUCCACCAAGCACUAUGCUGUCUCCCGCUCCCGCCUUCCACCAAGCACUAUGCUGUCUCCCGCUCCCGCCUCCCACCCAGCACUAUGCUGUCUCCCGCUCCCGCCUUCCACGUUCCACCCAGCACUAUGCUGUCUCCCGCCUUCCACCCAGCACUAGGCUGCCUCCCACUCCCGCCUUCUACCCAGCACUAUGCUGUCUCCCGCUCCCGCCUUCCACCCAGCACUAUGCUGCCUCCCACUCCACCCAGCACUAUGCUGUCUCCCGCUCCCGCCUUCCACCCAGCACUAUGUUGUCUCCCGAUCCUGACUUCCACCCAGCACAAUGGUGUCUCCCGCUCCCGCCUUCCACCCAGCACUAUGGUGUCUCCCGCCUCCCACCCAGCACUAUGCUGCCUCCUGCUCCCGCCUUCCAGCAAGCACUAUGCUGUCUCCCGCUCCCGCCUUCCACCCAGAACUAUGCUGUCUCCCGCUCCCACCUUCCACCCAGCACUAUGCUGUCUCCCGCUCCCGCCUUCCACCCAUCACUAUGUUGUCUCCCGAUCCCGACUUCCACCCAGCACUAUGUUGUCUCCCGAUCCCGACUUCCACCCAGCACUAUGCUGUCUCCCGCCUUCCACCCAGCACUAUGGUGUCUCCCGCUCCCGCCUUCCACCCAGCACUAUGCUGCCUCCCGAUCCCGACUUCCACCGAGCACUAUGCUGUCUCCCGCCUCCCACCCAGCACUAUGCUGCCUCCUGCUGA